AUGUCUGUCCACUUUCUGGCCUUACUCGUGCUUGUGCUGACUCUUGAAGAACAAGUUUACUCGGGGAAGAUCACUGGAGGCCAUGAGGCUGUGCCACAUAGCAGGCCAUACAUGGUGCUUUUGGAGAGGUACAUGUCAGAUGGUCAAAAAAAGUACUGCGGUGGCUUCCUUCUGAAUGAGGAUUUUGUGAUGACUGCUGCCCACUGUCACGCCAAGUCCUACAGAGUCUUUCUGGGACUUCAUAAUUACAACAAGCAGAAUGAAGUACAGCAUGUGAAUGUGCCUGGGGAAAAUGCAUUUCCACAGAAAGGCUAUGAUGAAGCUGAAUUGAAAAAUGACAUAAUGCUUCUGAAGUUGAGCACCAAGGCAGUGUUAAACAAGAAUGUGAAACCUAUUGAUCUCGCAGACCGUGAUGAUAGAUCGCCAAAAUCAUGCAUAGUCUCUGGUUGGGGAAGUACAGAAAACAGCAAACACCCAUCUCCCAAACUUUUGGAAGUCAAUGUAACCCUGGUUGAAAAUGAGAUGUGUGUUAAGGAAAAUAAGUACUGCUCAAAGGACAAGGGUGGCCCAGGUCAAGGAGACUCUGGUGGCCCAUUAGUCUGUGAAGAUGGAAAGGCAUAUGGGGUGGUGUCCGCCAGCAAGCUAAACCCAGAUGGAUCAAGAUAAAAUAAACCAUGUAAAACUUAGCUGAUCAAACCCCAGUAUUAGAAUUUGUGCUUGGGUUUAGCUUGAAAAAGAAGUGAUGCGAUACUGCGUUAAAAUUAGAUAACUGAGUUGUUUUGGUAGAUAUGCAUCUAAAAAACUUAAAAAAAAAAAAAACUUAAAAAAAACAACAACACAAAACAAACAUACAUUAAGUUGCACAUUAGUUACAGUUAAGUAGAAUCUGAACUUUUACUCAAUGCUGUUUAUUAAAUGAGAUGCUGAUGUUAGAUACUGCAUUACCUGAUUUUUUUUUUUUUUUUUUUAAA